AUGGAUGCAGGGGGAGUCCAAGACAACACAGAAGCAGGGAGAGGAGACACAGAGGCAGGAGCAUCAGUGGCAGGACAGGAAGUGCAGUGCUACAAGUGCAACCAGCAUGUGAAGGGAGAUAAAUUUUCAGAGCACCUGUCCGACCACCAUACAGAGGAGGUGUGUGAAACCUGUGGUGCUAAGGUGCAGGGUACUGUUGGUCUUUUAAACCACAUCCAACUGGUUCACUAUGCAGCAUUAACGAUGCCCUCACAACCAAAGCCACUAGCCAAGUGCUACGAAAGCACGACCAACAAAAAAGCAAUACCAUCAAAGACAACACCAUCUCUGCUCUCUCCUUCAUGUAGCUCUGACACGCCACAGCACACUGCAGCUCCAUUAACCUCAAAAUCAACUGCAGUCAACUGGAAAGGUUUUCUUCCUGAGCAAUUUCGGAGAGUGAUAAAAGAAGCAGAUCAGGUGUGGAUUUCCAAAUGCCUUUAUGAAAAAACAGGCCAGCUGAAACAAAGAUUUCAAGCCUGCUGGUUUCACCCCCCACUGGAGCCCAAACCAUCUCCUCCUGAGCCUGGGUGGUACUACCGGCAGAGGCUGUUCAUCUGGGCACCAAUGAGGAUGUGGGGGAUUCCUUUAAAAUGCCCACAAUGUUCCCGGAAAAUGAACAGCUCUGGGAUCUACAGAAAGGUGAGGGAGGUGAUUGAUGUGGAUAGCCGCUACUACCUAGUGGGAGGGGACUAUCCACGUUGCAGCAAGUGCUCUCAGCCGGUCUGCCCAUGGAGUCAGGACAUGCUCUCCCAGGUUGAUGUGGCACACAGGAGCUUGUUCCCGGCUGUCCUCACUACACAGCUGGCUCUGGACAGAAAAUGCAUGACGUUUCUGAAGCCAAGGACAACUGGCAACAGUUCCUCCUACCUCCAGUCUGCUAUACAGGAAGCGCACAGUGAAGAGUGGGCACGGCAGACCAUCCGCUACCUCUCCGACUGUGAGCGCCAUAUGAAGAUGGCUACUUUCCUCCACUCUCCAGCUGUUCUUCCACCACCACCACCCUUCAGGCCCCUUCCUCUUGCUCAGUGGUUUGAGACCGCCCACUCAAAUGAUAUCCUCGGCCACAUUGAGGAGAUGAAGGGAGUCAUCACUUCUACCUAUGGUAGAAUUCUUAAAAUGGACUCAACAAAGAAGAUCACCAAGAAGCUGGCUGGUGGGAUCGAGGACAGUGCUGCAUGGAUGUCAAACAUCGGCAACGAGUUUGGCCAGGUGUUGAACUCUGUGCUGACAACGGGUGAAGGAGUGUCUUCAGUAGCAAAGCUCUUUCACCCAUGGAAGUCUGCGGUGCGCUUGGACAGCUUCCAUUUCAUGAGACGUUUUAACUGCGGCCUCACUACAGAAAACCACCCUCUCUAUGGCACCUUUUGCUCCAAGCUUUCUGCCUGCAUUUUCAUAUGGGACCAGGACGAUGUGCAACGCCUGAAGGAGGCCAAGAGAGCAGAGUGGAGGAUCAGCCACAGUGGACAAAUACCCACUGAAGAGCAGCUCAUGGCCACCAUCAGCCCGGCGGAACUGAAGAGACACUGCAGGAGGAGGACGCGUGGAGUGGAAGAGAUGCGGAGCAUGAUUUCAGGGCUGCUGGAAUCAGUGUGGGAGCUGACAGACACCACAGGCCUGCGUUUGGUAAAUCAUGACAGCAUGCGCCACGUGUGGGAAGUGCAGCAAAAGCAUCUGGAGUGUCUACAAGAUCCUGUAGGUGUUGCAUUGUACACAAAGGUGGGGACACUCCAGAAGGGCGGCAAAGAGCUGGACAUCCUUAGGUGUGCUAGGGGAUCAUCCUCCCUGGAGAGUUUUCACCGACACCAGUGUGCUUUUAUUCCAGGCUGGCGGUGCAAUGCUUUACAUACCCAAAUGUACAUGCUGGAGGGGAUAUCAAGAUGGAACAUGGGCCGGGCCAAGGAGGCAGUAGAUGUGGAGGGGGCCUCAACACUAAGAAGCUUUGAUGUUCGCUUGAUAUCCCUCCUUAACAACUUAAGUCAGCGUGUCCAUGGUUGUGCUCUGGUGCCAGAGUUCACCCCACCUGGAAAACCCACUGGCGAGCGAAUAGCAGUGGAAUACUUAUUGGCCCAGACCAACAGAGGUGACCUGUUGGCUCCAUCACAGGUCUCUGAAAUCCCCUCGCAGGUGGUCGAGGAUGAGGAUGAGCCAGAUGACACCAUCAGCAUGCCUGACAUUCUCUGCCAGUCAGCUGAGACAGGGGCGGGUGAUCCUCCAAGUGCUGUAGAGGAUGACACUGAUCCCGACGCCCUCGUUACAGAGACCAGCCAACGUGACUCCAGGGGCGUUGUUGUAUGGGAUGCAGUUGAUGCCCUUGCAGCCUACCUAGUUGACUUGAACCGCACCAUCACCGCCUUGUCAGCCAAGGAGGAGACAGACAUAGUCCACCUGUACACAGCUCUUAAUGCCAUGGACAAGGCACCUUCAAGGUACACCCAGAAGGCUAAAAAGAAAGCGCAUGCUACUUCAGGACCUUGGAGAGCACCCAGGAAGCCGAGUGGUUCUGCUCCUGGACAGCAGGCGGCUGAGAGACUUUACAUGACUCAUGGCCAAGCAGCCCAGGACCCGGAAGCAAACAGGGUCAGUGAGUGUGUUUGCCUCAGACUCGCCAAAGAGUUUGAGCAGUCACGCAACAGGCCAAAGGACACAAAGGGGAAAACCAUGCCCAUCCCUCAGUCCAUAGUCAAGGUAUACGGCCAUAUAAAGCAGUUGCUGGAGGACAGCAGGGUUGUCCUGGACCAGACAAACCUGGUUCUGGUGCCGGUUAACAACACCACAGUCUCUUCAUGGCUGCUUAGGAGGGAUAAGAGGAAGGACAGGGACAUGCUGCUGCAAGGCACUGUUCUUCCCAAACAGUUGCACCUGGCCAAGGAGCCUCUCCCUGCAACUAAGACACUUCCUGCAGCACCUGUGCAACACGGACAUGAAAAAAUGGAAUUCGAGGAGCCUGAAAACCGCGAGGGGGAAGCUUUUCCCCGUCAGCGCACUCUGGCGGCAAACAAACCAGUGUCCGCUCCACCAUUUCCACCUCCCCAGUUCCCUCCUCAGUUUUGGCCAGCUCCUCAAUUGCAGCAAGCUCCUCCAUUUCCACAGUUUCCAUUUCCAAAUGCUCCUCCGUUUAUAUAUGGUCCUUCAUUCAGCUAUGCUCCUCCAUUUAACUAUCCUCCUCCACCGCAGCAAACUCCUCCUCCUCCACAUGCACCUCCAUCUCCUGAUGCUCCUCCUGUGCAGCAUGCUCCUCCAGAGAGCCUUCCAUCCCAGCCAAGACAACGUGCCUGGAGGCUAAAUAAAGCUGCACAGGAAGAUGAGGAGCGUGUAUCAAAGGGGGAGCCACCUCGGAAGAGGCUAGCGAAGGAAAAAUACCACUACACGUGCAAGGUGUGUGGCCAGGACAAAAGCAAAAAGACUGGACACACCCAGCUGAAGGGGCGGUGGUAUUGUCCUGCCUCUGGAGUUACCCAGGAAGACUGGAGGAAGAAUUUGUAGUUUUUGUUACCUCUGUUUCUCUGUUUCUCACAAUAAAGUUUCAUACGUUUUUUGGAGUUAAG